AUGGGAGAAGAGGUCGUCUGCGAGGAAACGUGUGUUGAGCAGUUGGCCGAGGAAGUGGCGGACAAGGCCGCACUCUUCCACUCCAAUGACGACGAAAACCACAACCAAGGCGACGGGGCGAACGAGGCCGACAAGACAGAGCAGGCUCUGCUGAACGACGACCUUCGCCACCCGCUUGACAACAGCUGGGACUUCUGGUACCUCUCCGCAGACAAGACGAAGGAAUGGGAUGAACGCAUGACAAAGAUAAUGACCUUCUCCACAGUAGAAGACUUUUGGGCAGUAUAUCACCAUGUAGCACUUCCGUCUCGUCUACACAUUGGCGCUGACUACAUGGUGUUCAAAUCGGGCAUUGCGCCCAAGUGGGAGGACGUGCGAAACGCCAAGGGAGGAAGCUGGGUGCUCGAGACGGGCAAGAAACAGAAGGAACACUUGGACGCCGGCUGGUUGGAAUCGCUUCUUGCCUGCAUCGGCGAGCUGUUUGGCGAGCAUGGAGACUGUGUAAACGGCGUUGUCGUGCAAGUUCGCAAGCGCGCCGAUCGACUGCAGUUGUGGACGGGCGAAGUCGGCACCGACGGGAAAGAGGCGCUCUCGAUCGGCACCAACUUCAAGAAGGCACUAAAUUUACCUGAUCACUUUCGGAUACGCUUCCAGUUGCACACUGACGCGAUGAAGCGCCGUGGAUCUACUGUCACUGCCAGGUGGCAGCUAUAG